AUGCAGUUUUCCAGCAAGUCCAGCGCCUACACCAAACAUUGCGGAAUCAUAUCACUUAACAACAGAUACAUUAUUACACCCACUGACACUGGCAUCGAUGAUAAAUUUAUACUAACACACGUACAUUAUGCGACGGAAGAGGAACCAAACUCCUCCAACUCCAUAGCCACAAUACUCAACAUAUAUGGAAAAGCAGCAUCAAGAAAAGACAAUGUGGAAUUCUACACGGAAUUGAUGCAACACAGAUUCUUGAUACACAAGAUUACAACUAUUCAGAACAACAUGAUUAUUUUGGGAGAUUUCAACUACAAAUAUGAGUCUCGCCGAUCUAAUGGAACAGUCGAAGCAACUACAGUCGAAUGGAUAGCCUUAUUGGAGGAACAUUUCAUCGAUUGCUUUUGGGAAAACAAGAGCGCCACUUUUCAUGGAUCCAACAAUCUCCAUUACAUCUUGGACUACAUCUUCUGCAACAACACUUCCUAUGGAACAGUUACAGAGUGUACCCAGGAGUUUAUGAACUCGACAUGGACAGAUCAUGAAAUGCUGGUCAUUACUCUACAACUGCAAAAGGAUGCAACACAGGGGCCUGGCGCCUACAAAUGCAAUCCCUUUUUGGCCAACAACCACAAGUUUCGUCGUGAAUUGGUGAUCUUCUUGCAAGGUCUACAGCCGCAAGUUGAGCUCAAGACAGCCACCCAAUCCCCUCAAGAGAUCUGGGACUGGAUCAAAGACGAGUUUAAGGAGCAUGUCCGACAAUUCCAACUGGAAGAAGUCAACUGGCGUAGAAAGGCACUGAAGACGUUACAAGCAAAACGGAAUCAGUGUAUGCGAGCAAAGAAGAACCGGGGACUGAUAUUUCAAGGGCUAGACACCAUCAACCAACAAAUUGGUGCGUUACAAGACUCUAUCGCCAAAAUUGAAGACCUCAAAUUAGGGAGAAAAUGGAGAGAAAAAUGCUGGGUUCUUGAAGAAACUCACCUUACUCAAGAAUUGCAUUCUGAUCAAGGUACUAUGAGCGAGAUCGCUGGCAGCUUUUACACGAAUUUGUACACACCAACUCCACCCGAUGCCAGAUCAAUGCGGCUAUUGUUGGAUCAAAUCACACCUGACAUGCAACUUGACGAUGAACAGCAAUCACUCCUCGAACUACCAGUAGAGCUAGAUGAUUUGUUGUUUGAAUGUAAAAGAUCGCCUAAAUUUGCGUCUCCCGGCAGCGAUGGCAUCCCUUACCAACUCCUCCGGCUGAUUCUCAAGUUCCCACCCCUCCACUCUCUCAUCACCACGGUCUACAAGAAGAAUGACCCCAAUGACAUGGCAAAUUAUAGACCUAUCUCCCUCUGCAACACUGACUACAAACUCUUGACACGUUUGCUUAAUCAUCGAAUGAUGGAAGUCGCUAAGCAACUGAUCAGCGAGAACCAAGCGGGCUUCGUACCUGGGCGGUUCAUUGCCCAAAACGCUCUGCGGUGUCAGGUCAUAAUGGAAGAUGCUGAACGAACCAUGAACUUGGCCAAGAAGAACAAUGUGAUACACCAAAUGCCCAAAGCAAUUGGCCUUAGUCUUGAUCAGGAAAAAGCGUACGAUCGAGUUAACCUCUCGUACCUUCAAACUGCACUCAUUACUUAUGGCUUCCCUGCUAAUCUUGUCCGCUGCAUAAUCAACAUGAUGGGCCAAAAUCUCUUGCGCAUCAAUGUGAAUGGUUACUUUACUGAUGAUAUUCCCAAGCUGCGAGGCUUAAAGCAAGGUGACCCCAUUUCCUCUAUUUUGUACAAUUUGGCUAUUGAACCCUUUCUGCGGUCUAUUCUCAAUGAUCCAUUAUACCACGGCUAUCAAAUGCAGUAUGCAACUGACCAUCCCAACUAUAAUGCUAAUGACCCUUUAGUUCAUGUGUCAAAAAUCCUAUGUUACGCUGACGAUGCUUUUGUAUUUGUUCAAGACCUUCCUGAUCUGGCAAGACUCGAGUACCACUUAGAUGUCUAUUGCAAUGCAACCAAUGCCAAGAUUAACUACAACAAGGUCGAAGCUAUCUCGCUCUCUGGUCAAAACACAUGGUCAUAUUGUCAAGCACAACUCUCAGAAAUGAAUAUCACAAAAUUCACAUCCAACAUGGAUUCCAAUCCAGUGAUCUAUCUCGGGUUUCCUCUGCUGCAAUCGGUUCAACAACGUGAAGUAUUUAUCGGUGGUCUUGUCGACAAUCUCCGGACAGCUACCAAAAUCCACAGUGCAAGAAGUCUCUCCGUCGUUGGCAAAGCUACAGUGCUCAACAGUUUGAUUUUGUCCAAAUGCUGGUACGUACUACGAGUAACUCCGUUUGCUCAAAGUAAUGUCCAAGCUAUCCAGUCCAUUUGCACCAAGUUUCUACGAAAAGGCAUCUUUCCUGUUAUCCCCUGGGCCACAUGGACCAAGCCGAAGCCAUUAGGUGGAUUAGGUGUUCUGGAUGUUGCUCUGCAACAAUCAGCCCUAUACUUUCGUUGGGUUCAACCGCUCCUCCAUCCCUCUGACUAG